UAAGUUUGAACUUGUCGCCAGUUCCCUUGUACCAACAAACAUGGCCGCCGACACACACGAUGUCCAAACGUCAAACAGCAUGGAAAGUCUGUUUUUCAAGUAUCACAAUACUUUAGGUUGUAAUUAGGUCUUCUAGUCAUGGGGGAGAAGACAAAGGAGACUGAUUUGUGUUCAUCUCGUACAAGCAUCGCUCAGGAUAUGGAAGCAGCCAAGAAGGAACAAUUUCUUACCUUGAAGAUGAUCAAGGAAAAGAUCAUGUCAACUGACAAGCUCAUUAAGAAGUACCAACAGAAAUGUGAUGAUUUUGAUAACAAAGUUAAGGAAAAUAUGGAACUAAGGGAAAAGCUUGAAUCAAGACAAAGAAAUGAGCAAGAACUCAGAGAGCAAUUGCACCAAUCACGACAGAGUACAGAACCACUAAAUAAGAAUGUAAAAAGGCUUGUCCAAGAAAAGUUUACUGCUGAGGCCAGGAUAGAGCAACUCAAACAAGAUAUCACAUCCAAAGAGGCAGUUAUAAGUGACUUGAGACGUGUCGUCAGCGUUAAGGAAGACAAAGAGUGUGCCUUGCUUUUGGAGCAGCAGGUCCAGGCCCGUGACUUACAGAGGGAAAGAAAAAUGGUUGAGAAGAUGAACAUUGAACUUAGUAAUGCCAGAGAAAGGAUACAGAAGGAAAAAGGUUCUACAAAGACCACUGCUCGAGAGCUUAGAAAAGCAAACAAAAGGGCCGCUAAAUUUGAAAUUCAGGUUAAUUGUCUUAAGGAAGAACUAAAAAGUUUGAAUAAGCAGCUGAAGCAAGUAUCAAGUGGGAAUUCUCUUAAAGUAUCUACGGUUAGAAGGAUGACACAAAUAAAGAAAAAACCUUCACAAAGGGAUAAAAAGCAAAGCGCAAGUCCUGAAAUAGACACUGCCCACCUUCUGGGUGAAUCCUCCGACUCCGAUUUGUCCGAUUACGAAAACACAGCGAUAGAUAUUCUGGAUAAGCUCGGAAUACUUCAGUUCCCUGUGCUUUCACCUCUUCCGCCAAGCGGUAAUGAUAGCGACACAUCUGAACAAUCCAGUGGCCAGAAUUCAGGAGCAUCAUCCAUCGGAGACCUGGGAGACUUGCUAGAAGCGCAGCUUGACAUCCCAGAUAGUACACGCAACAUUGACGAUUAUAAAGCCACCAUUAAAGACAGUGGCCGUGAUGAUAACAGGGAUUGCUUGACAUCAGUCCACAUGACAAAAGAUGUCAAAGAAUACGGAAUUUCUUCUAUGUCAACUGGCAAGAGGAAUAUUAUGGUUGAUACAACAAAGAGUGAAAAGAAGUACAAAAAAACCAGUUUUCUUAAACCGGAAAUACUAGACCUGCCACAUGUAUCGAGCAAUGACGUCCUUGAUGAAUUCCCAGAAGAUUGCGCUAAAAUUCAAGAGGUUGGUUUGUUUACCCCUCAAGAAAAGGUUGUCACUUUAGCUAAUUCAAAUAAAGUCGUUCCGAAAUAUCCUGAGGAGGAAACAACUACUGAAGUAGAAACACGGACAAAACGAAAAAUGCACGAGAAAUCAGGGAACACGAGACAGAAAGCCAUUAAGACUAUGGUAUCUUCUGAUGGAGGUGUUGGUGAAAACGGAUUGCCAUCAGCAGAGGGUCAGUCUGUAGAAUUAGCUUUGAUGAGCAGUGAUAAUAUCAAGCUACAGGACACUCAGCCUACAAUCGGUGAGACACCCCUGCCAGUAGAUGCCAAGGUGGUACUGCCUGUCAGAAAGAAAACUAUCAGUAGGAAACGGGCUGCCCCGUUCAACGCGUGCGUUAUUCCGACAAGGAUUACUCGAUCAAAGGCAAGACAAGUACCCGUAGAGCAAAAAAAGAGCAAUGCAACAAAGGAAGAUGUGGUUAUUGAGGAGUUUGAUAUUCGUGAUAAAAUCGGCCUAAAUUCGCAAGCCGAGGUGACAGAGAAAAGCAGCACAAACGAGGAAGCUGUCAUGGUUGAUAGAACAGGUAUUAAUUUGAAAGCUGAGGAAACAAAGGAGUGCAGCACAUUCAACGAAGAGGUAACUGUUGAUAAGAUAGGGCCCGAACAACAAGUCGGAGUUAAAGAGAAGUGCAGAAAAACUAAGAAACGUGUAACUGCUGAUGAAAUUGGCGUCAAAUCACAAGUCGAGGUAAAAGAGUUAUGCAGGGAAACUAAAGAUGUUCUUGUUAAUACGGUAUGCCCUGAUAAGCAAGGCGAGUUGAGAAGUGAGGAAGAUGCCAUUGUCGAUAAGACAACUCAAGCCGAGGUAACAGAGGAAUGCAGUAAAUUUAAAGAAGAUGCCACUGCUGAUAAAAUGGUUACCAAAUCAAAAGCCCUGUCAGCAGAGGGAUGCAGUAAAACUAAGGACGAUGUCAUUGAUGAUAAGAUGCGCGUCAAGACGCAGGCCGAGGUUAUAGCGAAGCUUAAGACAGCCAAAGGAGCUACCAUUGUUGAUGGAACGAAAUACUCAGCAAAGCAAGUUCAGGAAAAUCGAUCAUCUAUAGGAAGUGCCAAGGAGGACGAUUUAAACAAUAAAGACAAAGGAACUUGUCCAGUAACGGAAAAGGAAAAAGAGAGCCAUUCCGCUUCAGAAAUUGGGGAAUUUUCUAAUAAAGAAGAUAUAAUCAAACUUUCAGAGUGGGAUUUUAAAACAAAAAGAGAAGAUAUGGUUUCAGACGAGAGCCAUUCAAAAUCGAUACGAAAUGCAAAUACGGAUACCGAACUUAACUUACAGACACCGUUAGUGUUGGAAGAUAUUAUAGAUGAUUGUUGUACAACUGAUAGGACAUUGUUCGAUGAAAAGCAUUUGGAAACACAGCUGAGGUAUAACGAGAGUUUAGAGCUUCGACCUGGCUCAGCUUCGCCGAUUGAUGCCGUGGGUACCUCGAGAACGAUAGUUAUACUCGAUGCGACUACGGAACAACAAAAUGGUACAACUCCCAAAGACACCCAGGAUGUUGCUAGCGAUAUUUCCGAUUUGAAUAGUGAUCGACAAGUUCAUUCCGAGAGUACCGGACAGAAAACAAUGAAUGAUACCAAUAAACACAAAAAAUCGGUAAGCUCUUCGUGUUUGAGCAGAAAUUUACAAAGCUGCUCUCAGUUUGAUGGUUUGGGUGUACAUUUCGUCAGCACAGAUAAAAAGGACUCCCAAUGUGCUUCGGAUGGAAAGGACCAAGGGAAACCAGCUGGAAGCGUUAUAGAUGAUAAGACAUGUCUUGGCAAAGUAAUUUAUUCUCCGUCAGAUGCUAAUGGUGUCCUUUCCUCUAAUUGUGUUGGUGAUAAUAAAGUUGAAAUAGAAGAUAUCACCAUUGGUGAUGAAUAUGAAGAAGUAUGCAUCGAAGAGAACUUCUCGGGAUUUCCCAAGCAGUCUCACGUUUCAGGCUCAAAUGAGGGAAACCUUAUUAAUCUUUGUGAAGUCACUCGGAUUCUUUCAGGUUCAAUAUGCAAUAUGAGCGCGGAUCAUGACGAGGCUCUAGACUUAGAUGCAGAGCCCCAGUACUCGGCAUCUAAUGACAUGGAAAGUGAACAGAGUGCUUGUUCCACAGAAGCUGGCCUGCCUUCAAUCUCUUCUCUCCUGAGUGAUGACAAUUUGUUCUCGGACCCACUCCCUCCUCUGUCACCAUUACCUCCUUCCCCUCCUUCACACGAUAUCAGCUCUCCAUUAUCGCCACCGUCCUCCAUCUCCUCUUCUCCAGACUCUCGACGAACUAAUGACCCUUCGCAAUAUACGCCCUUUUCACUUGACCAUAAACGAAACUUGCGGAAAAGAGACUCUGAAACGAAUAUGAGUCCUCCAGGAAAGAAGCCUUGUCUACUACCAUCAGUAGAAGGAGUAAGCCUUCCUGAAGGCUCUCCACAACCUGAUGUUGUCAAAAAGAAAGGAAGAAAAAGUGCUUUAGCAACUAGGCCUUCGCUGAUGAACGAGAAGAGUUACUCGAUGAAGGUACUCAAAGGAAUUCGAAGAUCUGCUGUGCCUCUCGACGUGAUCAUCAGGCGGUUAUCAGACGUACGUGGAUUGUCGAACGCUUUGCCAUUUGUCCUAGCUCUUAUGAAGUUUGACUACUCAGAUGACCUCAUGCCACACAUCAUACAGAGGUACAGCAGUAGAUCUCAUUAUGGUGAUGCUACAGACAUGCCUCUUCUGCCGGUUUAUGAACGCGGUGUUGUGGAAGUCGUCCAGAGUAUUUCAGUAUGCAACCAUUUGAAAAACUUGCCAGCCAUGACCAUCAGCAUGCUAUCCAAAGCUGUCCUUUCUAACUGCGGUGGAUCUACUCCCGACAAGCGAGUAUUGGCCUCUUACUGUCGCCUGGUGACAGCUCUGUGCCGAUGGACGUCCGAUAUGUCUCACGUGCGAAUUCUCGUUUAUAACAUCUUACGCUCGUUGCACUUCACGUCGGGCUCCAAGGUGUACCUAAUCAUCUCCAUAGCUUGGGUGUGGCCUGCCGUUUUUAGUUCCUGUAGCCCUACCUGGUCAUAUGACCGCGGCAGCUUCUGUCUAUCCGGACCGCCCUUCAACCCCCUACGUGCCACUAUGCAGAUGGUCAUAUCUGUGUGGAUACGCGAGAGUGAGCGUGUACUGUUAGGAAAUAUUAUGGACUGGAUUUGUCAAUGGCCGCCUGCUCCUCCUACUUCUCAAAUCCUCAGGGACACCGCUCGCGAGCUGAGCAAGCUCAUAAAGGAUCAAACAUUCCCAACGCUUGAGAAUGAUAAAGAUGGUUUCCCAGUUCUUGGUAUGAAUAUUUUCGAGACCAUCAAGUCCCUGGAGCUGCUUGCGUUCGUUCUGGGCUGGGAGUGGACCAAUAACGUUCUCACCCGUGAGGUGAUCUGGGGUCUUCUUAGGGACUGGCGUAAAGAGACUAGUGAUCAGAGUGAUCGUGCCUGUAGGGUUAGCGAGGCGUCCGUCGUGGCGGCUGUUCGUUUGCUUGGUCUCGUUGGGCGAAUGAUGAUCUUGCAAAGCCAGCCUGUCAUUCCACACGUUCUGGACUUACUGGUGUCUCUUUUAUCGUGCCCACAGGCAUCUGAUACAAUUAAACUCGCUGUAGGCCACUCCUUAUUGGAUAUAUCACCAUGGCAGCCCACGAAGAUCUGCGAGAUUCUUGAGACCUGGAGGGCAUCUCGGCAGAGUCCCAUACCUAGGUCUAUUAGUGAACCCUUGCAAUGCCUUGGGCUAGCCUUGCACCAACAGCAAUCCAACCAGAACCAACUGGCGCUUGUGGAACAACAGCAGCCAGAGUGUUACCAACAACGAAAACAGCCAACCAGUUUUACAAGAGCAAGCGGCUCAGGGGUAACCGACAAUGCGUGCGAAACAACAGCCAACGUCGAACAACGGCAAACGAGUCAGGGACAAUCGGCACUAAGCGUGGAACAACAGCAAACGAGUCAGGAGGAACCGAUACUAAGUAUUGAACAACAGCAAACGAGUCAGGAGGAACCGGCACUAAGUAUGGAACAACAGCAAACAAGUAAAAAACCGACACUAGGUGUGGAACAACAGCAAACGAGUCAAGAAGAACCGAUACUUAGUAUGAAACAACAGCAAACGAGUCAGGAGGAACCGAUACUUAGUAUGGAACAACAUCAAACUAGUCAAGAGGAACCGGCACUAAGUAUGGAACAACAGCAAACAAGUAAAAAACCGACACUAGGUGUGGAACAACAGCAAACGAGUCAAGAAGAACCGAUACUUAGUAUGAAACAACAGCAAACGAGUCAGGAGGAACCGAUACUAAGUAUGGAACAACAGCGAACGAGUCAGGAGGAACCGGCACUAAGUAUGGAACAACAGCAAACAAGUAAAAAACCGACACUAGGUGUGGAACAACAGCAAACGAGUCAAGAAGAACCGAUACUUAGUAUGAAACAACAGCAAACGAGUCAGGAGGAACCGAUACUUAGUAUGGAACAACAUCAAACUAGUCAGGAGGAACCGAUACUUAGUAUGGAACAACAGCAAAAGGAAUCGGGACUAUGUGUGGAACAACAGCAAACAAGUAAAGAAGAACCGGCGCUUGGUGUGGAACAACAGCUAACGAGUAAAGAGGAAUCGGCACCAAGUGUGGAACAACAACAAACGAGUAAAGAAGAAUCGGAUCUAUGUGUGGAACAACAGCAAACGAGUCAAGAGGAACCGAUAGUAAGUAUGGAACAACAACAAACGAGUAAAGACGAACCGGAUCUAUGUGUGUCACAACAACAAACGAGUCAAGAGGAACAGGCACCAACUGUGGAACAACAGCAAACGAUUCAGAAGGGGCCGAUACAAAAAAAACCGCUGAUGCAAUCAUAAAGACAUAAAAAAAGACUUUUAUAGAUGUGACUUGAAUCGGAUGUUUGAAAGAAUAUUUAGAUUGAUUUGUACAUGAAUUGUAUAAUUGUAAGUGUACAUACUGUAUAAUUUCUUCUCAAUUUGUAAAUCUGGUAACAUGAAAUAACAUUAUCAACACAUUGCA